AAUAAACAAGAAACAGGCUGGAAACAUAUCAAUUGCAAUACAGUCAAACUCAAUUGAAGCAUAAAAAUCACUUCAGUUGAAAUACAAAACAGAAGAACAGACGUUCAACGUUGCCAGAAACCCGUGAAAAUUGCGAAAUCCCGAAAAUUAAGGAGAGAAACUCAGAGAUUGUGAUUGCAAACACCGACUACUCCAUUAUCAUUUCACCCCAACCUAUCACUUAAAAACCUAGAUUCCACAUUAAAAACCUAUAUGUUUCCCCAGUCCCCACUACUAUACUAAACUAUGCAGUAAUUGAAAGGAACCAAAAUAUUACCAAAUCCUUUCACAAAAAAUACAUAAAUCCUCCAUGUUGAAAUCAAAGAGAAGAUUAAAAGUAGAAGCAUACCUUGAUCUAUAGAUGUGAGCGUUUUCAACAGGUUAUGAUCUUCCAAUUGUUACUUAAUUCCCUUGGAAAUUUUUCGCUGUUGAUGGAGAUACAGAGAGAGAUGAAAAUCACGUGUACAAGGAGAAAUCUCAGUUAAGUUUCUCCUUCAACAUAAGCUGUUAUUGUUAAUUUCCUUAAGAUCUUUGAGGCUUGAAGAUUUUGUCCUGAUGAUUUCUGGUAAACUCAAGUCCAAAAUAGGCUGAGUUCAAGAGAGUUGUUUCACCCUUGAAGUACCAGACAAGGUAUUUAGCUGAUUUCCCAGUCAGCAAGGUUUCUUAAUACAUUACACAUUUGCAACGUUUGGAUCUGAUGGAGCCUUCAACUUUUGGGACAAGGACAACAAACAGAGGCUUAAGGCUAUGUCAAGGUGCAGUGAGCCCAUCCUUGCAGCACUUUCAACAACGAUGGCUCCAUUUUUAUGCAUAUUCGGUUGUUAUGAUUGGAGCAAGGGUGCAGAAAAUCACAAUCCGGCAACAGCAAAACCACAUAUCUACGUGCAUUUACCACAGGAGGCUGAAGUCAAAGGCAAACCAAGGAUUGGAACAGGAGGUAGAAAGUGAAUCUUGUCAUCCUAGUUUGGAGAAGGGAAAUUUGGAGAUGUGGCCAAAUCUGAAGGGUGGAUUUGAAAUGAGUCUACUUUUAAAAACUUCAAAAAUGGCCACUUUUUUAUGCAAAAUGUCAUAGAUGCCCUUCUGUAAAAGUGGCCACUUCUUCGUAUGCUCAAGAUUUCAUAGUACUUUGUAGUUGGUGUACAAAUUUUGAGAGUAACAUAUUAGUUUCCAAGAGAAGU